AUGACUGGUGCAUGGGACAUCAAUCCCUCGCUCGAUGGGAACUACUGGUGCACAAGAUGCCAUUACCUCCUUCAAAGUCCUGUCAGCAUACAGAGCAAAAAGUUCAUUGUACGCACCGUUUCGAGUGCAAUGUUCCAUGUUCUUCAGUAUCCGUGGAGGAAACUCUCCCAGAUAAGACAUACCGAAGCAACAAUGGAUGGAAAAGGCCCCAGCACCGCAAAUAUGGCAGCAAGUCACCAAGGAGAUGCAAGAACCAGCCAUGAGAAAUCCCACGAGGUCUCUCCCGUGGGGGCUCUUAUCUACGUACCUAUAAUGGGACUAGUUAGCUGCGCCGUCAUUAUCUUCAUUCAUCGAGUUUGGUCGGAUUUUGUAAGCAGUCAGCGUUUGAAAUUUGCAGUCCGCCGUGAUUGCGAAGUCUCCUUUACUCGUCCGAGCCGCUUUAAAACAUUGCUCAAUCGACAUCUACUCUAUGCACCGUUAUUCGAACGGAGACACAAUCGUGAAUUCCGCAUAUAUCGAGGUCAUAUAAAUAUGGGCACAAUCCCAACACGGCUUGAGACAUUGCUGAUAGCAUCUUAUAUCGCGUUGAACAUGUUGUUUUGUGUCGUCGUAAUCGAUUGGUCUCAGAACCUCAGUCAAUCGCUGCACGGUUUGAUAGGCACAACAGGGAUGCUGGCAAUUGUCAACCUCGUUCCGUUGGUCAUUACUGCUGGCAGAAAUAAUCCUUUGAUUCUGCUACUGAGAGUAUCAUUUCAUACGUUCAAUCUCAUUCAUCGGUGGUUGGGUAGGAUUAUUGUGACGGAAGCUAUUGCUCAUACUGUUGCGGUGCUUGUUCGUGUUGGUAUAUGGAAGGGUUGGAACACGAUUCCGGAACAUUUGUUCCAUAUUCCGAUAUUCACUUAUGGGUUUAUGGCCACUAUAGCUUUUGUCACCAUCUUCUUUCAAUCACUAUCCCCAUUCCGCCACGCAUUUCACGAGUUCUUCCUCCAUUUUCACCUUGUUCUGGUGACGGCUUCAUUUGUUGCGCUGUGGUAUCAUCUAUAUAAGUUCGUGCAUAAAUGGGUAUUUCUUGCAGCUUUGGUAGCUUGGGCUAUGGAUAGAUUUCUUCGACUGGUUAUUGUUAUAUGGCGAAACUGCGGCAAGAGUCUAACAUCAGCCACUAUCCAUCUUCUCCCAGGGGAUGUUGCGCGAGUCGACGUGACGGUUAUUCGCCCAUGGAAGUUCAAAGCCGGUCAAUACAUAAUUAUGAACAUCUCAUCCAUUUUCUGUCGCCUGGGAAUCGGGUCGGAAAAUGGCAGCAAUAGCUCGAUCAGAAGUAUUCUGAGUGGGACUGAUCGGGACACAAGAUACACGGUGUCCUUUCUCAUUCGGAAACGGAAUGGCUUUACGAAGAAGAUGCUGAAAUCGGUUGGAUUAGAAUAUAGUCUUCAACGUCAGGUUUUGGCUCUGGCUGAGGGACCUUUUGGAGCUAUUCGCUCGUUCGAUUCAUAUGGCUCUACUGUGUUGAUCGCGGGAGGCAUUGGAAUCACCCAUUCAAUCUCAUACCUCCGAGAGCUGGCUGACGUGUUCGCGAGAGGCUCUGUAGCAACUCGUCGAAUUACAUUGGUAUGGGUGGUGCGCAGUAUUGAACAUCUCCAAUGGGUUCAACCCUGGAUGACCUACAUCCUGAACCAUCCUGUUGUACAAAGCUCGGUUGCAUUUUCAAAUGCAUCGACAAUGAACUCUCGAAAUCCUUACUCCCUCGACAAUUGCACAUACUCUGAACGCACACUCUCCCUCUCUAUCAACGCACACCUGACCACAUACUACAGCAGCAGCAACACAAAUGUGUUCAAUACCGACCCAAUACCAGCCAGGUAUUCAUCCAUCAUCUGCAACCCAGAGAAAACCAACAACGUCCCUUUCUACGAUAUCACCCCUGUGUCUCCAGCACACACCAAAGCCUUUCCAUACGGAUCAACCUCUUUCUCUCGUCCAUAUCCUUACCCUCGCCCUUCCACUGAACUAUCCAAAUCCAAAGAAUCCUCCUCUUCAUCCCAAUUGAACAAAACCAUAGACCAAUAUUACUACGAACACGAUGACGAAAAAGCACGAAUCAUAACGCCCGGCAUAAACAAAAUAGACAUAAACACAACCGCGCAAUCCUCCUCCUUUCAAGACUGGACCCAACUCAGCUCUCCAACAGCACCCGUAACAAUAAAUCUAGGCAAGCCACUCUUUCGACAAAUCCUGGACCGAGAAAUUGCGCAACAGAUUGGCGCUAUGGCGGUUAGUGUUUGUGGACCAGGUGGAAUGGGCGAUGAGGUUCGCAAGGCUGUCAGGGAAGUACAGGGGAGGAAAACAGUGGAGUUUUUUGAGGAGAGUUUUUCGUGGUGA